UCGGCUCUCGAGAACAGCGUUGAGGGCAACAUUGCCGGGGGCGAGGCCCUCGGGCAGUUUGCACAGGUGAGGUGGCCGUGUACGAGGUACAUGACGGCGACACUAGGCUAUGGUACUUGUACAUUUCCGUACUGCGAUUUGGCAGUUGGCAGUUGGCAGUUGGCAGUAGGCAGUUGGCACUAUUAA